AUGGACAGGGGCAAGGACAGGGACAGGGACAGGGACAGGGACAGGGACAAUGGCAAGGACAAGGCCAAAAUCAAGGACAAGGUCAAGGUCAGAAUCAAGGACAAUCACAAGGACAGGGCCAAGGGCAAGGUCAAAAUCAAGGACAGGGACAGUGGCAAGGACAAGGUCAAGGACAAGGUCAAGGACAAGGUCAAGGACAAGGACAAGGUCAAGGACAAGGUCAAGGACAAGGUCAAGGACAAGGUCAAGGACAAGGUCAAGGACAAGGUCAAGGACAAGGACAAGGCCAAGGACAGGGACAGGGACAAGGACAUGGCCAGGGACAGGGGCAGGGACAAUGGCAAGGGCAAGGACAAGGUCAAGGACAAGGGCAAGGUCAAGGUCAAGGACAAGGACAAGGACAAGGACAAGGUCAAGGACAAGGACAAGGUCAAGGACAAGGUCAAGGACAAGGUCAAGGACAAGGUCAAGGACAAGGUCAAGGACAAGGACAUGGCCAAGAACAGGGACAAGGACAUGGCCAGGGACAGGGGCAAGCCCAAUGGCAAGGGCAAGGGCAAGGUCAGGGCCAAGGGCAGGGACAGGGUCAAGGGCAAGGACAGGGUCAAGGGCAGGGUCAGGGUCAAGGACAAUGGCAAGGACAAGGUCAAGGACAAGGACAAGGACAGGGACAGGCACAAGGGCAGGGACAGGGACAAGGGCAUGGACAAGGACAAGGUCAAGGACAAGGGCAAGGACAAUGGCAAGGUCAAGGACAAGGGCAAGGACAAUGGCAAGGUCAAGGACAAGGGCAACGUCCGGGUCAAGGCCAAGCUCAAGGGCAAGGACAGGGUCAACAUCCAGGACAAGGGCAAGGUCAGGUACAAGGACAAGGACAAGGCCAGGGACAAGGUCAACGCCCUGGGCAAGGUCAAGCUCAAGGGCAAGGCCAGUGGCAAGGACAAGGCCAACGUCCAGGCCAAGGUCAAGGUCAGGGUCAAGUUCAAGGGCAAGGUCAGGGGCAGCGUCCUGGACAAAAUCAAGGACAAGUACAAGGUCAAGGACAAGGACAAGGCCAACGUCCAGGCCAAGGACAACAACAGCAACAAGGUCAAGGCCAACGUCCAGGCCAAGGCCAAGGACAACAACAGCAACAAGGCCAAGGCCAAGGACAGCAACAGCAGCAAGGUCAAGGACAACAACAGCAACAGCAAGGGCAGGGACAGGGACAGGGUCAACAACAACAGCAAGGCCAAGGGCAUGGGCAUCAAGGACAGCAUCAAGGGUCACAUCAGGGCCCGAUCAGUUCCGGCCAACAUCAGGGACAACAUCAGGGUAGCCAUCAAGGUAUUCACGGUGGAGAGCAUCAAGGACAACAUCAAGGGUCACAUCAGGGGCCAAUAAGCUCGGGACAGCAUCAGGGACAACACCAGGGAAGUAAUCAAGGCUCGAGCGGUGAACACCAAGGACAGCAUCAAGGUUCCCAUCAAGGUCCUAUUAGUUCCGGACAGCAUCAAGGACAGCACCAGGGCAAUCAUCAAGGAAUUAAUAGUGGAGAGCAUCAAGGACAACACCAGGGCUCCCAUCAGGGUCCGAUCAGCUCGGG